CAGAGAUGCUGCAGCACACGUAGUCCCUCCAUAAGCAACAAUUGAAACAACCCACGAAUCAAAAUUCGAUUUUUUUAAGGCCCUUCCUCGUUGGUUUUCUUUUUCUUUUCUUUUCGAUGGAUAAAUAGACAAAGCAAUCGACCAGAAUACACAAGAGGGGUUUCGUGUACAAAACCUGGUGCUCUCUUAGCCAUAAGGAUAAUUCCAUUCCCACUUCAAUCCAAAUCCGCACGUAAUCGCCCAUCUCCGAAAGGAACCUCCUCCUCCUCUGUAACCUUCUUCUCCAUUGUCGACGACCCUUUUGCGGUUUUGAUCUGGUCGUUCCUCUUGCUCAUCAAGUUCGAUUUUUUCUUGUGGGGGUGGUGGCGUGGCGGUGCGAUUGCUCGUGAUCGGUUUCGGGGUUCGCUGAAGCUGGUCGGAUCUCGGUCCGCCGGAAAAAGUGGUCGUGAUUUCGGGGGGGAAUCGUGUGGUCUUGUGGGCGUACGAGGGUUUGAUUGGUGUUUGGUUAGGGAUUCCACUGACGGUGUUCCGAGGAUUGUAAAGGUUCGAAAUUUUCGCUUCUUUGGAGGGUUUCGGAUGUUGGGUAUGCCGCAAUUCCGAAUCUUUUUGAUGAUGGCAUGCUAGUCGGAUAGCAAUUCCUUUCCUGGUGCUGUAUCUGAAAAUUGGGUCGGAUGCGUUCCUCUCUCUCUCUGUGUCUCUCCGUGGAGGAGUAUUGUUUGGAUACUUGAUCUGGGAGCCGUCGCUUUAAUCGUUUUCUCAUAAAGCUGGAGUCGAACUUUGCCCUCUCUGGCUAGGGUUUCCUUUUCAGGCGAUUCGGACGCCAGUUCGAGCUGGUGACCCGUCAGCUCCGUUUGCUGCGUUCCUUAUCUUGGGAUUAUAGCAUCGGUAGUUGAGUUGCUUUAAUUGGAGCCCGUGUGGUGUAGAGUCUCUGUUUUCCAUAAAAAGAUGAGUUCGAGUGUCACCGAGGUUGCAGUUCAUGAAGGCAAGCUGCUUGUGCAUAUUGCUGAAAAUGGGCGCUCCUUUGAGCUUGAUUGCAAUGGAAACACUGCUGUUGGGGCGGUUAUGGAGUUCAUCGAAUCUGUCUCCGGGGUAAACUUCAAUGACCAGCUUGUCCUCUGCUUGGACACGAAGCUUGAGCCACAGAGAUUGCUUUCAUCUUACAAGCUUCCCUCGGAUGGACGAGAGGUGUUCAUAUUCAACAAAGCAAGGCUGCUUACUAAUUCUUUACCUCCUCCACCGGAGCAAGUGGACAUCGUCGAAAUCACAGACCCUGCAAUGCUGUCUUCCUCGGAUGACCACCAUCCUCUGGACAAUGCUUCUGAUCCUGCUCUGAAGGCUCUUCCUUCGUAUGAGCGGCGAUUUAGAUAUCAUUACAAUUGUGGGAACACCAUAUAUAGACAAACGCAGGCAAAAAAUGAGAUCUGUUGGAGGUUCUCGAGGGAGCAGAAGGUGCAAGAAAGGGCGCUGGAGGUCGCGAGAAGCAAUUUGGAACAGUACUAUAGGGUAAUUAACCAGAAUUACUUGGAAUUCAUGAAGCGUUAUUUGCAGCAGCAGCGAGUCCAUUCUGAUCUUUUGGCGAAUUUCGAGAGGGAUUUAGAUAGACUGAGGUCAAUCAAACUUCACCCUCAACUGCUGACACCAACACGUAAAUGCUUACUGGAUUUCGUGAAGGAGGAUCAUUUGCGGAAGAUGGCAGAGAACUGUAGCAAUUCUCACAGGCAGUUUGAGAAUAGAGUUUCUCAAUUCAAGCAGAUGUUUCAGGAAAUGAAGGGCAAGGUCGAAGACUUGUUUUCUAGCAGAGCCUCCCUUCCUGUCAGGAACUUGGAACAGAGGAUUAAGGAGCACCAACGUUACAUAAAUGAAGAGAAGAGCAUAAUGCAGUCUUUGAGCAAAGAUGUGAAUACUGUCAAGAAGCUGGUGGAUGAUUGCUUGUCUUGCCAAUUAUCUUCUUCUCUUCGUCCUCAUGAUGCUGUUUCAGCUUUGGGUCCCAUGUAUGAUGUCCAUGACAAAAAUCAUCUUCCAAAAAUGCAAGCUUGUGACAAAUCGAUCCAUAUGCUGCUUGAAUUAUGCAAAAAGAACAAGAAUGAGAUGAACUCCUUUGUACAUAGCUAUAUGCAGCGGAUUACCUACAUAUCUUACUUCAUAAAAGAUAUAAAGUUGCAGUUUCCUGUUUUCAAGGAGGCAAUGGCGCGCCAGGAAGAUCUAUUUAAGGACUUGAAGGUAGUUCGUGGGAUUGGCCCUGCAUAUAGAGCCUGCCUUGCUGAAGUUGUCAGAAGAAAGGCUUCUGGGAAACUUUACAUGGGCAUGGCUGGACAGUUAGCUGAAAGACUUGCGACAAAGAGGGAUGCUGAGGUUAGGAGACGAGAAGAAUUUUCGAAAGCACAAAGUUCAUAUCUACCUAAAGAAGUAUUAUACUCUAUGGGACUAUAUGAUAUGCCAAACCAGUGUGAUGUGAAUAUCAUGCCCUUUGAUGCUGGUUUGCUGAAUAUUGACAUCUCGGAUCUUGAUCGAUAUGCUCCUGAGUAUUUAGCGGGAGGUCUUUCUAGGGGCGAGAAGCACGGAAACAUGAAAGGUUCAUUUUCCAUGUCCAAUGAUAGUUUGAAUUCUGCAGAAUCAUUUUCCACAGAAUUCCCUCAAAGUUCAGAGGAUUUUCCUGAGGGCAGUGAGCUGGUAGAGAUUGCUGGGACGAGCAAGACGGAAGUUGAGAAUGUGAGGUUGAAGGCAGACCUUGCUUCUGCAAUUGCUACGAUAUGCUCACUCCGGCAUGAUAUCGAGUUUGAGUCUCUUAAUGAAAAUAGUCGCGACAUGCUACUAAAGACUGCUUCCGAAAAGACAGCCGAAGCCUUGCAUCAAAAAGAUGAGUAUCACAAACAUCUUGAAUCUGUACUUAGAGAGAAACAAUUGCAGUGUUCCUCCUAUGAGAAACGAAUUCAGGAGUUGGAGCAGAAAUUAUCUGAUCGAUAUUCAAUAGAGCAGAAGCUUUCAACUGGCAAGGAUGCCUUUGAGUAUGAAAAUUCUGCGGGUGCAAGGGCUGAAGGAUGCAAGCUUGACACGAUAGGCAGCGGUGAAGUUCACAUGCCGUGCACAUCUGCCGCUGAUUCUAUGGAUGAGGUCUCCUGCAUUUCGAAUUCACUUAAUACAAAGCUGGGAAUUUUUACUAGGCAAUCAGGCAAAGCUCGAGAAGGAGUGGAUGAGAAUAUGAUGGAUUCAUCUGGCUUGCUUCAAAUGCAUUUGGAUUCAUCAAUGCAGGAGCCACACCGAGAAGAACUGCAUGUCAUUGAUAAUGAUGAGAAGGAUAAAAUGCUUGGACCUUUAGGCAUGUCAUCGACAAACAGUUGUGCUGCUGAAAGUAUGCAUGAGCCUCUGAAUGUCUUGUCUCGUGAUGCAGUUGCUGAGGCAGGUUUAAAUGCUAAUGAGUAUAAUGAUCUCGUACUAGAAUUACGGAGUGCUCUGGCUGACAAGUCAAACCUAGUGAAUGAAACAGAAGAUAGACUAAAAGCUGUAAUGGAUGAAUUAGUUGUGCUAAGGAGAGAACUGGAGGCGAGACAGAAACUUCUUGAUGAGUCUCAGAUGAAUUGUGCUCACCUGGAGAAUUGCUUGCAUGAAGCAAGAGAAGAAGCCCAAACCCAUCUUUGUGCUGCUGAUAGGAGAGCUUCAGAGUACAACGCCCUUCGUGCAUCUGCUGUGAAAAUGGGCGGUCUCUUUGAAAGGCUGAGGACAUGUGUAUAUGUUUCUGGAGGUGUCCCUGCCUUUGCUAAUUCCUUGCGUGCCUUGGCACAAUCCUUGGCCAAUUCUGCAAUUGAAAAUGAAGAUGAGGGUACUGCGAACUUCCGAAAGUGUAUCAGGGUCCUUGCAGAUAGAGUUGGUUUCCUAUCUAAGCACCAUGAAGAGCUGCUUGAUAAGAUAAAAAAAAUCGAAGCUGCUAAUGAGCAGCUGAGGAAGGAGUUGGAAGAAAAGGAGGAGCAAGUUAAGACACUGUAUAAAAAGCAUCAGCUUGAGAAACAGGCAAACAAGGAAAAGAUAUCAUUUGGCCGCCUGGAGGUCCAUGAGAUAGCUGCGUUUGUGCUCAACUCAGCUGGGCACUACGAGGCUAUAAAUAGGAAUUGCUUGAAUUACUAUUUGUCUGCUGAGUCCGUGGCGUUGUUUGUGGACCAUCUCCCAAGCCAACCAAGUUACAUUGUUGGGCUGAUCGUACACAUUGAGCGCCAAAUUGUGAAGCCCUUGCCUUCUCCACACCGACCGGAGCAUAGUAGGGCAGACCCUGUAGUAGAUCAACUGACUUCUGACGCAGAGACUGACCGGCUUGCCUUAAAUGUUUCAGGGUCGACUGCGAAUCCAUAUGGUCUCCCUGUUGGCUGUGAAUACUUCGUAGUGACCAUAGCCAUGUUACCUGAUACUGCCAUUCAUUCAGCACCCACUUCCUGAUCCCUGCUGCAGACAGAGACAGACAUGAUGGAAGAAAAUAAGUGUACAUAAGGGGUUUGAUUGUUUCUAUUGGUCAAAGUGGAAUUUCUCUUGGUGGGAGUUGUUUAACUUGAUUAGUUUUCUGUACAGCCGAAGAAUUGAUUGAGUUCGAAUCUCCCAUUUGUACAUAAAGAUUAUUCCUUAGGUUUCUUUAUAGGUAGAUGUGAAUAUCAGGCAAACAGUCCCCACGCUUCAGCAGUUGUGAGCUCAUGGGUAAAUUAUUCCAUCGUCAGUUCGCAUAUGUGUUUGCACGAUUUAUUAUUGAGUAGGUUCUCCUUUAAAA